UUUCUACGCUGGAGAAUCCACAUGCACCUCCAAACAUUUUUUUUCUUGUGAUUUUUAAGGGAGAUUUUAUUUAGAGGCGGUGCUUGUUGGCUCCAGAGUAGCGUCGUAACGACACUUUUUCCCCCAGUCCCUGUUAAAAGAGUUAGACCGGGGCCAGAGUUGGUGCUGGGGGGUCGCCUAUAGUUUAGUAAUUUCCUGGGGGGUGAUAAUUGCAGCGUUUUUUUAUUUUAAUGCCAUCAGAUUUUUUUCUACUUUAUUUUAUUUUUUAUUUUUCUACUUCUCUGCAAAAAAUCGCCACUCUCUCUCACUCUUAAGAUCUGAUACCCCUUCGAGAUUUUUCCUCUCAGAUCAUGUACAGACUAUAUAUUGGGAAUUUAAGUCCUUCGGUCACUGAGGAGGACUUGAAGCAGCUCUUUAGGGAGAGGAAGCUGCCAGUGCCCGAGCAGGUCCUACUGAAAUCCGGCUAUGCUUUUGUGGACUUCCCCGACCAGAACUCGGCCAUAAAGGCUAUAGAGACUCUUUCUGGUAAAGUUGAAUUACACGGCAAGGUGAUAGAGGUAGACUACUCUGUUCCCAAAAAACUAAGGAGUCGGAAGAUCCAGAUCCGGAACAUUCCCCCUCAUCUACAGUGGGAGGUUUUGGACGGCCUUCUAGCUCAGUAUGGUACUGUAGAAAACGUGGAACAAGUGAACACUGAUACAGAAACAGCAGUGGUGAAUGUUACGUACUCAACCAAGGAGGAAGCUAAAGAAGCCAUUGAGAAGUUAACAGGACACCAGUUCGACGACUACUCCUUCAAGGUGUCAUAUAUUGCCGACAUGGAUGCUGCUCCGCCCGACCAGGCUCCCCGCACGCGGCGUGGGGGACGGUCGUCCCGGGACCAGGGCACCUGUCAGCCUGGGCCCUCGGGAGAAUUCGGUGCUCCACGCUCCAGACAUCACGACUACCCCCUGCGCAUACUCGUGCCUACUCAGAUGGUGGGAGCCAUCAUCGGCAAGGACGGUCAGACCAUUAAGAAUGUCACCAAACAGACACAGUCCAAGGUCGACAUCCAUCGAAAAGAAAAUGCAGGUGCGGCAGAAAAGCCCAUCACCAUCCACUCAACUCCUGAUGGCUGCUCCUCCGCCUGUCGCAUGAUCAUGGACAUCAUGCAGAAGGAGGCCAACGAGACCAAGACGACGGUGGAGGACAUCGCUCUGAAGAUCCUUGCCCACAACAGCCUCGUGGGCCGACUGAUUGGGAAGGAGGGCCGCAACCUGAAAAAGAUCGAGGAGGAGACAGGGACCAAGAUUAUCAUCUCCCCGUUACAUGAAUUAACUUAUUACAACCCUGAGAGGACCAUCACGGUGAAGGGCUGCUUGGAGGCGUUGAUUAAAGCCCAGGCGCAGAUCAGUGGGAAACUGAGGGAUGCCUACGAGAAUGACGUUGCUGCUACACACCAACAGGCCAACCUGAUCCCAGGCUUGAACCUGAACGCUCUGGGCAUCUUCUCCUCUGGUCUGCCGGUGCUGCCCCCUGCUGCUGGACCACGUGGUGCAGUGCCCCCUGUGGCGACAGCAGGAUACAACCCAUUCUUAAGUCACUCUUCUUCACAUCUCAGUGGCCUGUACGGGGUUCCUCCAGCAAGUGCCAUCACCCACCAGCACUCACAACAGGCUCCAGAACAGGAGGUUGUCUACCUCUUUAUUCCAUCUCAGGCAGUCGGGGCCCUGAUCGGCAAGAAGGGCCAGCACAUCAAACAACUCGCCCACUUCGCUGGAGCUUCCAUCAAGAUUGCUCCAGCUGAAGGCCCAGAUGUUCCUGUGAGGAUGGCUAUCAUUACUGGACCCCCAGAGGCUCAGUUUAAGGCCCAAGGUCGGAUAUAUGGGAAGCUGAAAGAGGAGAACUUCGUCUCACUGAAGGAAGAGGUCAAACUGGAGACGCACAUCAAGGUUCCCUCAACUGCAGCUGGCAGGGUCAUCGGUAAAGGCGGCAAGACGGUAAACGAGCUGCAGAACCUUACGAGUGCUGAGGUCAUCGUACCGCGGGACCAAACUCCAGAUGAGAACGACGAGGUCUUUGUGAAAAUCAGCGGGCAUUUCUUUGCCAGCCAGACUGCACAGAGGAAGAUCCGGGAGAUCAUUCAGCAGGUCAAACAGCAGGAACAGAAGCACCAGCAGGGCGCCGCUGUGUCACCGUACCACUCCAAGUGACCAGCGGGGUGGCUUAAGCGGGCGCCAGCCAAUGAAUGUAGCCCUCCCAAAUGGACAGAGACCUACCCAGACAAAGGCCAAGGCCAAGGGGGACAUGCAGGGCAGACCAGCAGCACCGGGAUCAAAACCAAAGAACUUCACUAGGGGGGAAACAAGUGAGAGCCAAAGGCUGAGGGCAUUGUGUGCACUGCCAGCCCUGUGAGAGCAGAUAGAGUGGGAGAAAUCGUACUGAUAUAAUAUAAUAAAAAAAGACCAAAAAAAAAAAAUACAAAAAAAUACAAGAAAGGUGGAAAUGGCAGAGGAUUUGGGAACUGUUGUCUUCACAGUUAAAAAGGUUAACAGGAAGUAGAAUGUCGCCCUGCAUAACGUUAUCUCUUUAGUUGGACUAACAUAGGCCUAACAAACUGAUAAAGCAACUGUAUUAACACGAGCGUAUACGAGGCAUUGUGAUUGAUAUUUACGGUUAGAAUGAGAGCGAGUGACAAUGGACGCCCUCUCUCACAAGAGUUUGAGAUAUUCAGAUUGCAAGAUUAAAUAUCCUUAGCAGUAUUAACACAGAGUAGAAACGUAUAUUGAUACACACUGAGAUUGUGCACUGUUAUUUUUCUACCAAAAUGACAGUACAGCUUGGUGUGGUUUUUUUAAUAUUUUUGCUUGUUCCAGAGAUUGAUCGGGCUGUGACGGCCACAUAAAGUGGUUUCCCUUGUUUGUUCACAUUAUAGGCCACUGAAAUCAAAAAGAAAAAAAAACCCUAUAAGUAAAUAUGGUGAAUGGUUCUGAGUCUUUGUAACAAGCCUGUGUGUGUGCCAACGCAAAAGAUAACGUCCCUUUGAAAUGUCUCUCACCAUUCAUAUCUGAUGCAACACUUCUUUUUUUAAAUUUACUUUCUUUUUUUCUGCUAAUUUCUGCUUCACUUUCUCAUCACUCUCUCUCAUCUGGCAUUGUGUUUUUUUUUAAAUAGGAUAAAAAUAUGUCGUCAAGAAACACUUUUUUCUGUAGCCUUUUGAUAACAUUGAACUGACUGCCACUUUCACUCAACAGAGGUUAAAUGCAACAGAGGGAUUUAUUUUAAAACCAGUAAACUGGUAUCACUCCCAUGCUUUACAGUAGAUGUACUAUAUCUACAGUCAUGCUUGUCCUGAUGUAAAAAGAAUAAUCAAGUAAUGCCUCUAAAGGCAUUCCCCUCGACGAUCAGAGCUAAAAUUGACGUCUUAAAAAAACAUUGGUGCACUUUGCAGUCAUUUUGAAUGUGCACCGCCACACGCUCGUCCUUAUGAGGACGUCAGGGCCGACACAAGAUGUGAGCCCAGAAAGGGGAUUUAAGGGAGGGUGCAGACUCGUGGUGUGUGGAGUGGCAGUAAGGUAAAGUUUUAGGGUUAGAGGGUGGGAGUUGGUUGGGGUGGUGGGGUGGGGGGGGUUUAUGGGGAGGCACUGUAUGACCUGUGGUACACACACAACCGCAAACGUGACCGCAGCCGCGUUUGGCUUUAACCCUCUCUUGUCAGGGAGCUUUCUAAAAUGGCAUGACAGCUGUGAAUGUACGAUAUGCAGCCUUUUUAGAAAAAAAUCACCCCUGCGGUGUCCAGCAGGCCGGGCCAGAGGCACAGACACACAGAUUGUCAUUCUCACUCUCGCUCUUUCUUUCUUUUCUUUUCUUUUUUUUGGUUUUAAUUUGGCGAGCUGGCCGACCGCUCUGUGAGUGCGCUGGACACGCAGGUCCUGGUGUCCCUUUGUGCUUUACUUUGGAGACCAUGGAAGCUUGUUGCCUUAUUUUGUCACCUUUCAGACAUCACCCAUCAGCUUCAUCUUCCAGACGCAAGGUUAUUGCCAAUACGCACAGCUUCCUCCGUGUGUGUGUGUGUGUGUACGUGUGUGUGUGUGCGCGCGCAUGUGUGUGUGUAUAUAUAUAUAAAAAGAGAGAGUAAUAUUUAUGAAUCUAUUUUUUUCCUAUUUUGUGAUGAGAGCUAUUGAUAAGAAACAAAAAGAAAAACAAAGUCCUUUUCUUUUUUUCCUCAGUGGGACACUGCCAUAUUAUUUUGAAGGGAAGUGUUUAUUUUCUUGAAAACUAGACUAUGAAUAAUAAUAUAAAUGAAAAAAAAAACCUGAAAAAAUAGGAGAACAGUAAAGUGAACCACCGCGUUAACUUUGGUCAGGAUGUGAACAGUGCGCAUGUCAGUAUUGUGAUCUACCUCAGGCUUCAGGGUACCUCAGUCCAAUCUUUCAUUUCCCCUUUUUCCACAUUUUGUAUGCCUUGUUAACUGAUCAUUUUGAGCGUUUUUAAUUUUCUUUUUUAAUGAAAAAACAAAAAAGAACAAGAGAAAAGAUCUUCAGUAAUCUUGAAAAACUCUUCAGGUCCAGCCGACUGGUGAAACUUUGUAAACCGUAGUCAACUCUGUUGGACUGUCUUUGCCUGGACGCCAUACAACCUCUUAAUGAUACACGUCAAAAGGAUUUCCAAGUACAUUUUUUGUUAGAAAGGAAUGAAGAGCAGGAUCUAAGGGGUACAUACCUGCCCGAAGUGGUUCUGAAUGUGGAUGUUGUGUACUGAUUUCACCAUCAAAGAAAGAAAAAUAAGAUACGAAUCAGUUGAUCGAAACAGAAACUGUACCUCCUGUUUUUCCCAACUGUACCUCCAGGUUUUUUUUAGACUUAAAAAACAAAACAAAAAAAACAAUGAAGUUUAUUCACUUGUGAAAAAAAAACAACUUAAUUUUUCUAACAACCCAAUUCAAUCUUACCAGCUCUAUUUGAUAACAGCAUACUCUGGGGUUGAUUUGAAGAAAACACAAAGCUGCAAAAAUACACUGACGGGACUCUUGAACAUGGUGUAAAAACCCUAGUCUUCUGUGUAGAAUGUAGAACAACUCUAGUCGUUGAAAUGUCACUGUGUACGACAAGAUAACUGUAUAUCUGUAAACAUGUACAAUAGAGUCACACAUAAAUGCAUCGUUCUCUGUCUCUCUAUAACACUUAUCGGUCUGCACCUGCGUUGGGAGAGAUGGUGGGAGACGUUUAGAGCGUCACAGCUUCCCUCAAAACUGACCUCUAAAUGCUUUUCUCAUCAGUCUACCGAUUUUAUUUUUUGUUGUGCUGUACAUUUCAGAAUUACCUCUCAGAAUCCAAGGCUGACUUUAGUUACUAAAACCGAUGUAGGGCAAAAAGAAUUAAAUAAAUGAAUGAAAUAGUGAAA